AAUACUUGAAACUUGAACUUCUAGUGCUGGCAUGGUGACAUUGCCUCAAAAGGACAUUAGCUCUAUUACAUGAUAUAAAGGAUUCAACUUCUCUGUACAUAAUUGGAGUCUAGUUGUGCCUCUUACGGCUUUUCAUACUAUUCGAAUUCAAUUGACUGAAGAGCAGCAUGUGCUGAUGUGCUAUCAAUUGGGGUAUCUCCUCGUAUUUCUCUUCUUAGUUUGGACAGACCCGCAUAUUACCGAUACAUAUAUGUAAAGAAUUUGAUAAGAUAAAAAUGUCUUCUGAAUUCAGUUUUACUAAAUGCAUGCAUAUGAAAAUGUAUAGAUUUCUACAAUUGUUAGAGCAACAAGGACCUUCCUUCUUGUUGAACCCCUUUUCGCUUUAUUUUCUUUCCAUAUUCUUGGUGUUCCUCCUCUUUAUCAAAUGGCACUUUAACAGUCCAACUAACAGAAAAAAUCGACCACCUUCACCACCAAAGCUCCCAAUUAUAGGAAACUUACACCAAUUGGGCUUGUUGAAGCAUCGCUCACUCCAAUCCUUAGCUAGAAAACAUGGGCCGAUCAUGCUGCUUCACCUAGGCAAUGUACCUGCACUAGUCAUUUCCUCUGCUGAUGCAGCUUCUGAGAUCAUGAAAAACCAUGAUCUCAUCUUCGCAAACAGGCCCAAAUCAAGAAUCUUCAAGAGACUCAUGUAUGACUGCAAGGCAGUAUCAGUGGCACCUUAUGGUGAACUUUGGAGGCAGUUGAAAAGUAUUAUGGUGCUCCAGCUUCUGAGUAAUAAGAGAGUUCAGUCUUUUCAUAGUGUGAGAGUAGAAGAAAUAGCCGACAUGAUGAACAAGAUUACUGAGCUGUCUAGUUUGUCAUUGCCGGUGAAUUUAAGUGAAAUGUUUACAUCACUUACAAAUGAUGUGAUAAGCAAGGCAGCUUUUGGGAGGAAGUAUGGUGGUGGGGAAAGUGGAAAGAAGUUCAAACAGCUAUUGAAGGACUAUUUAGGGCUAUUAAGCCGAUUCGACGUUGGGAAGUUAUUUCCAUGGCUCGGUUGGCUUAGCCGAGUCAAUGGAUUCGAUGUUGAAGUAGGGAGGGUGGCCACAGAACUUGAUGAAUUUCUUGAGGGUGUAGUUGAAGAGCGCUUGAAUGGUUUGGAAACAGAGAUCUAUAAUAGUAAUGGUGGUCAAGAUGGAUAUACAGGCAGGGAGGACUUUCUUGAUAGUUUGCUUCACAUAUACAAAGAAAACAGUGCUGGUGUUCCUAUCGAUAGAGAUAGCAUCAAAGCUCUUAUUUUG